CAUCUAUCGACCUCACCCACGACUCGGCAGUAAUUGCAGUAACAAUCUUUCUAGGUCUACACUGUCAGAACAUUCAGCGAUUCUAUAGAUUCUACAGAGCACCUCGGACUGGACCGGCUGGACCUUCUACCGUCGAGCAUGGACAUUCCGCUCGUCUUCGAACAGACAGAGUUUAGCAUCCACGUCCCUCACGUACCUGGCAACCUAGAUCCUCCUUCUGAUCAAGCCGAGAGGGAGACAUGGGUUCAGGGUCUCGUCAAGAGUCAGGGAGAACGGGAGACCUGCUUCUACGAUGAAAAGUUGAUCUAUAUCUGCAAGCUGUCUUAUCGAGCGGGACCUCUGGUACAAGGCGACUGGCAGACAGCAAUAGGGCAUGUCUGCCAUUCAGUAAAGUUGACAGCGACGUGCUCGUUCAUCCCUUCUCAACCCGCACAUCGGCCCGUAACGACCUUUUCCGACAGAAGACGAUCCGUCCUUCCCCUUCAACCCACCCACAACCACUCGAUAGAUACGACUACAUCAAAUUCGUCUGUCGGCUCAGGGCUAGCCGUCAACCUCGCCUUGCCGCCGACCACCCCAAACCCGCAACCGGGGGUUCAGCAGCGAUAUGCCCAGUAUGCGAACAUAGACGGGGUCAUGGUAUGGGACGGACCUGUUUCGCUCUCCUCUGCCGUACCCGAACCGAUCCUCAUCCAGGACGAACAGUCGAGGACGAUGUCGGCGUACUUUGUGGCCGAGGUGCCGUUAUCGUUUGCAAAUGUCGACAUGCAACACCCUCUCCUCGCCUUGACUUGUCAUGCGACGCUGCGAGAACGAGAUGGGUCGAACUAUAAACCCCCGUCGAACUUGGGCUUGGGUAUCCUACCGGAUCCGAAUUCGAGCGACCCGGAUGCGGUGCAAGAGGUCGUGGUCAACGUGCUCGGCCCGGAAGGAGAAGACGUCGACCUCUCGGGUCAAGAGAUUGUCACCAUCGAAAAGAGCCAAGAGAGGGACCUGUUUCGAGGCCUGGCGGGAGGGUCGGGUGGCUUACCGUGGUCGAGACUCCACGGAUCUACCUCGUCGGCUUCAACCUCUUCGUCAGACCGACAGCUGGAACGUACUCGGUCGGCACGGUCGAGGUCGGCAAAGACUAGCACGACGGUACUGAGGAAGUCUUUCCGUGCGAUACUACCCAUCCUGUCCGUAUUGACGGUCCGGAUGCGAACACUCCCCGUCGCUUGCCUUCCGCCGGCCUCUUCCUCAAAUAUAUCGUCUUCGCCAAGUAACGGCGACGGCGGACUGGGCCGGGACCAGACCCUCGAAGGAGACCUCGCAGCGACGAUCUGUAUCGAGAUCGAAGCUGGGCAGUUGGAAGGGAAGGGCGAAUCGUUUGAAGUCGAGGAAGUGAAGGUUAUAGCGGGGAGACAGGGGAUCGAUCCGACAGCGACGGGGAUGGAUAUGAACGCCAAGCCGAGGGUACGGUUAGCUCUUCCUACCCGGUCGUCGGCGCCACAGGAAAACGGAGAUUUUCAAGGUGAUAGCCGAUCGAGUUCGCCGCAAGAACAAUCAAGCCACUUCCCGUUCGACGUGCGGUUACAUGACCAACACAACUUGAUUUACAACGUUAGCGCCAGUUCGAUGCCAAACGGGAUCCCCUCCAACGGACUUCCUAUGGAAGGCGGUGAGAUAGGAGGUAGCUGGGGAUCGAGGUCGGAAUCGGUGCCACUGCGGAUAGACGUGAUAGGCCGGGUCAAGCGGAUAAAGGAGAAGGGCAGGGACAGGAGUAGUGACAAGGACGCCGAGGUGGAGAUGGAAUAUGUCAACGCGGCGUUCAGUUCGACCUGGAACACCGUGAUCGAGCUCAAGACGGCCGACAGGAAGAAUAGGACAUCCACGUUCAGGUCGAUUUCUUCUUCGUUGCCAGUGAACGGGAGACCGACGUCGAUAGGCUCGACGAUUCAAGGGAAAUCGCAGUCGGCCAUGAACGUGCCUGCGAGCGCGAGGAUGGGACCGGGGAGCGGCAAGACGCAGGGCUCGGCGCCGUUACCGUUUCAUCGAGACCUCGUCGUCACAGCCAACAUCAUCGGGGAAAACGAACGCGAAUUCGGGUCAUUUGGAAUCUUGUCGCCGUCCUCUGAUUCGUCAGAACCGGACGAGAUGCGGCGGGGAAGCGAGGUUGCGUGUUUCGAGGUGUUUUACGUGGAGAUCACCGUGCUGAAUGCGAGCGGGAGGACGGUGAGGUUGAUGAUCAGUUCAGGGCAGAGCGGGCGGGGGCAAGGCGCGGAAGAGGUCGAGGGGGUGAGGAGGUUGAUCUCUUCAGGAAGGGCGAGCACUGCCGCGUCCGCUUCUUCGCCGGGUCCGGUCGUCCUGCUCGAGGAUGACGUGCUCUUGCCACCCCUCUUGCCUCGGUCAUGUCAAGCUACCAGGAUACAGUGUAUGGCUCUGAAGGCCGGCACACACCCCUUACCGACUUUACAAUUGCUGGAUCACGAGCGGGAUCUCGUAGCCGAUCUCAAGUUUGACAUGUACAUUCGUGUGACGAGCGUGUAAGGCGAAAACGUAACGUUCUUCAGAAAGAAUCUAUAACGACCCAUCACGAUAGACAUGUAAUGCCUUCUUUC